AUGUAUUCUUCGCAUUUGGACAUCACGGAUGAGUCACAUUUGGACAUCGUGGUCAAGCCACAUUUAAAUAUUGUGGAUAAGCUACAUUUAGACAUCUUGGAAAAGCUACAUUUAGACAUUUUGGACAAGCUACGUCUGGACACCUUGGAUAGGCAACAUUUGAAUAUCAUGGACAGGCCACAUUUGAAUAUUGUGGACAAGCCACAAAGGCGGCUGGAAAUAAAGUACAGACCAAAUCUGGAACAAGGUGGUCCCGCAAUACUAAGGAUUUGUGAUUGGUAUGACUUAAGUUAUAUGGAUUAG